AUGUUUAAUGAAUUUUUGCUGCAGCUUCUCUAUAGCCUAGAUCGCGAACCGGAUGAUAUGACAGCAACUCAAGGACUUCUACUGAUGAGUCAAUACUACCCUUCCGCAGAUGAACAGCGGCAUACCUGGCUCUGGGCUUAUCAAGCUAUCGGUCUCGCUCAAGGUCUCGGCAUGCAUCGUGUCGGGAAAAUUGGAGCGCAGAAAAAACUUUGGGGAAGAAUCUGGUGGGCCUGCGUCGUCCGCGACCGGCUUAUUGCUCUAGGUACUGGAAGGCCUAUGCAUAUCAAUACUCUGGAUUGUAAUAUCCCGGUGCCAGACCAUUCGGAUCUUGAAGAGGUGGGCGAUGAUGAUGAACAGCGUAGCAUAAAGGCCGUUUACAUUGAUCUGCUCCGAUUGUGUCAAUGCGCGGAGGGUGUUUUAUCGCUGUCUACGGCAGCGAGUGGCCACGAUAUCGAUCAAGUUGAACUUUGCGAGAGAAUGCUCCAACGCUGGGUUUCCAAUGUAACUCCGACUGUGGGACCGCCGCAUGAAUCCUAUCCUGACCUCGGAAAACAAUCCAUUGCUAUUAUGUAUAGAAUCAUUCUCGAACUUACACUGAAGUCAGAACUUCACCUGUCUUUCACAAGAUCAUAUCUGCUAACCUACUAG